GUCUGUGGACAUGAGAUGCAGGCACACAGAGCAGUACUAGCUUGCUGUAGCCCUUACCUUUUUGAAAUCUUCAAUAAUGACAGUGAUUCUCAUGGCGUUUCUCACGUGAAAUUUGAGGAUCUUAACCCAGAGGCUGUUGAAGUCUUGUUAAAUUAUGCUUACACUGCUCAAUUAAAGGCUGAUAAAGAACUGGUCAAAGAUGUAUACUCUGCAGCUAAGAGGCUGAAGAUGGAGCGAGUCAAGCAGGUGUGUGGAGAUUACCUGCUCUCCAGGAUGAGUAUUCAAAGCUGCAUCUCUUACCGGAACUUUGCAAGCAACAUGAGUGAUUUGCGAUUACUGAACAUGAUUGAUGGUUACAUUCAAGAGCAUUUGUUGCAGAUCUCUGACCAAGAAGAAUUUCUCAAACUGCCACGUUUAAAGCUGGAGGUUAUGCUAGAAGAUAAUGUUAACUUGCCCAGCAACGGCAAGCUGUACACCAAGGUAAUCAACUGGGUUCAGCGCAGCAUUUGGGAGAACGGAGACAGCCUUGAAGAUCUGAUGGAAGAGGUUCAAACGUUGUACUACUCAGCUGAUCACAAGCUGCUUGAUGGAAAUCCACUAGAUGGACAGGCUGAGGUGUAUGGCAGUGAUGAUGACCACAUUCAGUUUGUGCAGGUACAAAAUGCACAUGGUCUGAGGUAACCUCUGGGUAGAGUAGAACAGCACAACUAAAACGUUGUGUGGCAUAAUGAGAGUAAAGCAUUUCCCCGUUUAGAACACUAGGGAAAUACAAACUUAAAAAUAAUUAUGGCUCCUCUGGUUUUGAGCUGUGCCUUAAUUCAUUUAACACACACUAAAUACCGUGAAGCAAAGAGUAGAAUUAGAUGUUUAACUUGGGCUUCCACGAGGUUGAAAGAUUUAUAUGUGCCAAGAAGACCGUGGCACGACAAAAGCGCGCCCGAUUAAACCGCG